UGUCCCAUCGUCAUCAUUCACGCGUCGCCGCACGGCACGCUCCGCCGAAAUGGUAUCCCGCAAGCGAGGACGAGGAGAGAUGGAGUCAGAGGAGCCGGCGAAGGAGCCCAGCAUGCUGGAUAGACUCCGCAACAUGUGGGAGUUCGCCAACCUGAUGCAAUAUAUCUUUCUGUUCGGCAAGGCGGUCAAGAUCGACGAGAAUAUAACUAUCGAGACGCUUGAGACUGAGUGUCUGCGACCUCAGCCUUCGCAGGAGCUGGCGCGGAUUGGCCUCGCACUGCUGAAGUUCGUGUCAUCCAACAAGGGCCUGACACCUGAAAAUUUCGAUGAAUUCACCUACAGACAAUACAAGCAGAAGGCGCCCCACCGCAACCCCUUUGGCACGCCCGAGGAACUGGAAACAAAGUUCGACGAUUUUGAUGUCUUCACCAAGAUUCGCGUAUUGCAGCAACUGUCUGUGUGGACUCUGCAUAACGCAGACCGUAUUCGAGAGCGGAUUGGCGCGACGGACGCCGAACAGACGAAUUGGCGCAUGGAGCCCUUUGGAUGGGACUCUGAAGAUCGUACAUACUUUGUCUUUGACGACGACCGACUCUACCGACGCACCGAUCCUCCUCCACCACCACCUCCGUCUAAAUCAAAGCUGAAGUCCAAAGCGAGGAAGUCCAAGGGUACUCGAGGAAGCAAGCGUAGGAAGCUUUCCACACCUGAGCCUGAAGAGGUGGAAGAACAGGAGGAUGGAACCAUUGUUGAAGUCCAAGAACCCGAAGAUGACGGCCUUGGAGGCAUGAAGUGGGAAUGCUUGUGCGUCAACAUGGCAGACUACCAAGAGUUCAUGGAGGGAAUCCGUCGCAGUCGAGACCCGAACGAGAAGGCUAUGUAUCAGAGUCUCCAGGAAGAUGUCUUGCCGAUCAUUGAGCGCAAGGUGGAAGAACAACAGCGAGAAGAGGCGAAGAGGCAGAAGGAACUCGAAAUCCUAUCGAAACUCGCCGUCGCAAAGCGCUCGAGCAGAAUAUCUGCGAAGACGGAUGCACGCAGAAAGGAAGAGGAGGCCGCGGAGGCCGAGAGAAAGCAGCGAGCAGACUUGGCCAUGGCCAAGAAAGAGCAAGAAAAGCAACGCAAGAUGGAAGAGGCUCGUGAGUCUCGAAUGAUGACGCGGGAGCAACGCUUGAAAGAACGCGAGGUGAAGCGCAUCCUCCACGAAGAGGAGCUCAAGAAAUUGGAGGAAAAUAGCCACAGACUUGAGACUAACGAAGCCAGACUUUCUGAGCGUCAUCUCAGGAACGAAAUGGAGAGGGCGAAGAAAGAGCUCGAAAAGCUGGAAGAGGAUGACUGGGUGUUCGAUUGCUCGGUUUGCGGUCUGCACGGCGAGAAUUUGGAUGAUGGCGCUCACAGUGUCUCUUGUGACAAGUGCAAAGUGUGGCAACACACCAAGUGUCUCAACCUUACUGUCGCUCAAGUUGAAAGUCCCGACUUCAACUUCAUCUGCAAGGACUGCAAGAGGAAAGCCGAAGAAGCGAACAAGCCUAAGCUCCCACCACUCAGAUUCCGGCUCAGCUCGUCUGCCUCUCCCAAGACUGCGGGUACAUCUGAUCCUGCCAACAUCUCUCAUACCAACGGUGGACCACCGUUUGGAACUCCACAAUUUCCUCGUCAACUAGCUGCCGUGCAGAUUCCAUCGCCUCGAGCAACAGGCGAGUCUCCUAAACCUGCUCAGCCAUUUGUGAAUGGUCCUAGCCUAUCUCCACGCGGACAAGCCCUAGGCCCCCCAGGCAUUCAUCGGUCUGAGGCUGCCUAUGGAGGAGCUCAGAAUGGUCUUAACGGCGCCUCUCGUCCAUCACCUGGCCAACACGGCUACUCAACGUACAACGGUCUCGCCAACUCCUCCCCGCCACAGUGGCAGGCCCCGCGACAACCUGAUGUAUUUGCGUACAACAAUCAACCACGUGCUAUCCCACAAUUCAGCGGAAGCUCUUACGCCACACCAAACUCUUCCUUCCGCAGCGUUGGUCAGGAUCCGUUCACAAACUCCUUCAGCCAGCCUAGGCCACCCUCGGCAAAUGGCGGUGCCAACGUGUCGCCGAUGAAGCACGCGCCUCCAAUUUCUCCUCAUCAGAGCAAUGGGCGGCCAGUGUCAAUGUCUUUCACACAAAGCCCGAGCUCCUCGUUUCCUCCAAGCUCAGCUCCACGCCCAUCAUUCUCUCCGACGAAGCAUAGCUCCCCACUUCCUAACUCACCUAUGCCAGCCAAUAUUCCAUCUUCGCCGGCUCAGAUUCUGCCCGAUUCCGCUGCUGGGAUUUCCCCAGAGAAGCACGACUUCACGAGGCCAGUCUCGAGCCAUAGUAUAUCCGAAACCCCGAUCUUGCCGCCGAUAAAGGCUCUUUCGCCUCGUGCGAGCCCUCAAAUCAUGAGUCCGCCAACCAAGAAGAUGACGCCAGAGAGGCCUCACUCGAACGGUUUCGGUGGGGUCUAUUGAGUCUGUUCCUUUCCGAUUCUUUCUAUGACAGCCUUCCUGUCUUUCAGUAUACUGCAUUGGCGGACUGACACGUUUUGGGAUCAUGCAUUCAUGAGGUGGGCGUUUUGGCUAUGUGUAGUAUACCAGACUCUGGAUUCAUGGAUACGAUUGUCGGAGUGGCUUGAGUUCGGGAGCUCUCCAUGAUCACACAAAGCUGUAUAAUCGGUCGUCUCCCUGUCUUCAGGAGAUAUGACCUGAUGCAAAGUUUGAUGGAGGGUCUGAAGAUAUUUCGGAACACACCACGGCGGCUUGUCUUGGGACUGCAUAGUAUUCUAUAGCUGAAUCAUCUUGAAUUAUGAGUGUUCCUCUCUGUAAUGGUAGAAUUGUAUGUGAACGUGAAGU